AUGUCCCAACAAAUCCCCACUUCUCAGAAGGUCGCCAUCGUCGCCAGCUCUGGCAGCCCAGUCCAGGUCAAGGACCAUCCCGUCAAGAAACCAGAAGAGCUCGCUCCUGGGGAAUGUCUCCUCAAGAUGCACUGCACUGGUGUCUGCCACACCGACCUGCACGCCGCCAUGGGUGAUUGGCCUGUGAAGCCCAUGACUCCCCUCAUUGGUGGCCACGAAGGUGUCGGCACCGUCAUUGCCAUUGGCAAGAACACGGAAAAAUCGCCUGUCAAGAUCGGCGACCGCGUUGGCGUCAAGUGGAUUGCCGACUCUUGCCGCGAUUGCGAGCAGUGCAGAAAGGGCCACGAGCAGAAUUGCGAAAACGUCAAGAUCAGCGGCUACACUGUUGAUGGAACCUUCUCCCAAUACCUUGUAUCAUACGUUCACUCCGUCACUCCCAUUCCAGAAGGUCUCGAAAGCGAGGCUGCUGCCUCUAUCCUUUGCGCUGGUGUUACUGUGUAUCGCGCUUUGAAAUACAGCGAGUCUAGCCCAGGUGACUGGGUAGUUCUUCCAGGAGCCGGUGGAGGUCUUGGACAUCUUGCCGUGCAAUAUGCCAAGUACAUGGGUCUCCGUGUAAUUGCCAUCGACGGUGGUGAAGAGAAGCGCAAGUUGUGCAUGGCUCUCGGUGCUGAACAGUGGAUCGAUUACACCCAAUCAAAAGACAUCGUCGCCGAUGUCAAAAAAUUGACCGACGGCCGUGGUGCUCAUUGUGCUGUUGUUACCACCGCAUCUUCAUCUGGUUACACCCAGGCUAUCGAUUAUCUUCGUGACAACGGCCACUUGAUGGCAGUAGGAUUACCUGCAAAGGCGACUCUCGACGCCUCCAUUUUCUUCACUGUAUUCAAGAGCAUCACAAUUCACGGUUCUUACGUCGGAAACCGUCAAGAUGCUAUGGAAGCUAUCAACAUUGCCGCCACUGGCGCCGUGAAAUGCCAUUACAAGCUGAGAAAGUUGUCCGAAAUUUCCCAGGUGUAUGACGACCUCGCCAAAGGAAAGAUUGCAGGCCGUGUCGUUCUUUCCAUGGAUUAG